AUGCCGGCCGUGAAGCUGGAACGUGUUGGGCGAGUUGCAAGAAUACUCUUGAACAUGCCGGAGAAGAUGAAUGCCAUGACGUCACAAGUAGUGGACGAUUUUGGCAGGGUUCUCGACAGGAUCCACGCUGAUGCGUCGGAGUAUGGUGCUGUGGUGAUUACAGGUGCCGGCAACUCAUUCUCAGCUGGUGGCGACCUUGCCUGGCUGAAGCUACGGAGCAAAGACACACCCUCCAGGAAUUCCCAGAUAAUGCAUGACUUCUACCACCGGUUCCUUGCGAUACGCUCUCUGCCAUUGCCGGUCGUGGCUGCAAUCAAUGGGCCGGCUGUGGGAGCUGGCAUGUGCCUGGCCAUGGCGUGUGACAUCCGAGUGGCCUCCCAAACUGCCAAGAUGGGCUUUCCGUUCGUCUCCCUGGGACUCCACCCGGGCAUGGGCGCUUCCCACAUGAUUGCCAGUGUCGCUGGAUUUGAGACCGCCUACCGGCUUCUUCUCACGGGAGACUUGGUGACGGGACAGGAGGCCAAGGAGACUGGGAUGCCAAACGCGUGUGCAAAAUGUGUGCAGCAUAUGCAAGACAAGUAUCAAGUUCUGGACACUGUGAGCCCUCUUCGUGUGUUGCCUUUGAAGGAGAUGCGCCUGGUCUCGCAGUUGGCGCCCGAUGGCCCCUCGGCCCAGGCGGAGGCGAUGGCGCUGGCCGAGCGCAUCGCCCGCCAAGCGCCCGUGGCCGUCCGCUCCCUCGUGCGCUCCCUGCGCCGCAAGCAGGAGGAGGGCCUGGAGGCGGCGCUCUGGCGUGAGGCCGACGCCUGGGCCCCCGGCUGA